GCUUACUCCACCAGUACGCUUCGUACUGCCGAUGAGCUCUCAAAUUUUGUAUCUUGUAUUCUUGAAUUCUUGUACUCUUGUACUCUUGUAUUCUUGUAAUCUUGUACUCUUGUAUUCUUGUAUUCUUGAAUUCUUGUAUUCUUGAAUCACUGUAUGAAUGUUUGUAGGAGGAGGAGGUCGACCCCGAGGACAUUCUCUAUGUUGAUAGGGUUGUUCGCUAUGAUAACUCGGAUGGGGAGCAGGGGGAGGUGACCAUUCCUGUAGCUUCUCCUCCGCACCGGAGGUCGUAUGAUGUUGUACCGGAGCAUUAUGCAGCUGCGCCUCGGGUGAGAGUGCGUCGCUGGAUGCUCAUAAUUGAUUCUUUGAAGAGGCAUUGUGCCAAGCUGACCCAGAAGCUUUCUGGCCGGGACAUAGAGGAGCGCCGUCGAGGUCGCAGAGGUUCCGUUGACAGGGAGCCCCAAGUGGAGACUUUGUUGAGGCAGGAUGGACCGAGCAUGGAUUUGGGACAGGGGUCCGGUGCUGGUACUUAUAAGAGGCAUUCUGAUGCUGAUAAGGGAGCUGCCCCUUUUGUGUAUGUUGAUCCCACCAUGCAUUCUUUUGGGGGUGCGAGCAGUUCGAGGCCUUUUGUUCCUCCAUCCGGUUACUAUUUCGGAGGGAACGGCCCUCAGCCUUGGGGUGCGGAUCCUUGGACUUGCUGGCAGGAGAUGGAGAGGAUGCGUCAGGUCUAGAUGUUUGAGGCGCAGCGCCGGUUCAUGGCGAUGUCGCAGCCUUAUCAGUACCCUUCCCCUCAGCAGGGAGCUUAUCACUCUCCCGGUACUCUUCGUAUCUCGGAGCAGGAGCCUGGUACCCCUAGGACAGAGCUGGAUCGGGAUCUGGAGCGCCUUAGGAGGCGCAGCAGGAACAAGGAGCCCGUGGUUGACAAUACGGCUGAUGAUGACUCGGACUGACCCUACAUGGUAGCGAGUUCCAGCUUGCCUAGAUUGAGUUUUUAUGGGUUGUAUUUGUAUGGAUUUGUAUGGUUCAAUUUGAAAGUUGAACUUUUGUAUGGCUUUGAAUUUUGCAAGGUUUGGAAUUUUUAAAUCUUGUAUGGCUGAAUAUUGGUUUUUGUAUAGUUGAAAAUUGAAC